AACAACUUACUUGUUUUUGAGUACUAAUAUAAUAUAACAUAAUGUCAGGAGCACAAGGAGCAAACCCGCCGACGUCGUUUACAGCAACGACGUACGAGUCAGUGCAGGAGCAACAGAACAGACCCAGGACUGAUAUAAGGUCCCGGGAGGAUGACAAAGGAAUUCAGAUUGAUAAACUUCAGGACAAAGUUGAAGAUGCUGCUGGUAAAGGAGGACCCGUUUUUGGCCCGGGUAAAGAUGAUCCUCCUGAUAAGCAAGAUUUGGGUGUUACUGGGACUGGUUAAUCCGUUGCAUUAACCCGUAUUUUAUUAUAAUUAGGCCCGGCCCAGAUGUUUUUAUUCUUUUUUUUUUUUUUUUUUUUUGUAAUAAAAGGUUUUUUAGUAUAUG